UGAGAACCUUGUCAUUUGGCCACGGUCGGUUCUGAGGAGAGGUAGAGCUACGGCGAAGAAACACAGGAACAAGUCAGUUGACUAGAGAAACAUUUGAAAUAAUUUAAACAAUGAAACCGACCGAAUAAGCCACUACACUUAACUAGUAUUGAAUUAGUUGUAUAUAUUUAAUUCAAUGACGUAUUWUUUUUUUUAUACAGUCAAGGUUAGCGCUCUCCAGAGAGGGCUGUGUCAUUGAUCAGGCAGGACACGUCAGGAGAGAGAGAAAAGCAGUUUAGCCAUAGCUACUGUAUGAGCGAAAGGCAUAGAAGGACCAUAUCGCUUGAGUCAUAAACUUUCUUUUCAUUAUUUUAUCAGACACAUCGAGGUUGCAGGUUAACUACAGGACGGAUCGAGUCAUCGCUUGGAUCAAGGGUAGCGACCAAAAGGACCUAAAGAUCAAGGGAUAGCUGAUAUUGUGUGUGGGAAAACAAAUGGGGGAUUACGGGUUUGGAGUCUUAGUGCAAAAUAACACUGGCAACAAGUCUGCUUUCCCAGUUAGAAUUCAUCCACAUCUGCAACCUCCACACCAUCAUCAGAAUGCGUCUCAAAGCCCUGGUGCUUUUAUAAACAGUACCACAGCUGGUAAUGGCAGUAACAAUGGGUCACCUUGGCUGUUUUCAGCCACAGCUGCCCACAGCAGCAUGCAAGAUGAAAUUCUUGGGUCAGAAAAGCCCAAAGCCCAGCAACAGGAAAUGCAAGAAACGCAAGAAAAACAGCUACUAUCCCCUGGCCACCCGGAGUCUGGAAUCGUAUCUGAGUUAGAGAAGGCGAGGUCAGAGGAGAACAAGGUGGAGGGCGGCCCCUCUGAGMGUAGCAAUGGAAAAGAGAAGCUGCGCCUCGAGUCCCCAGUACUGACAGGCUUCGACUACCAAGAGACAUCAGGUCUUGGGACUCCGUGCCAGUCCAGUACCUCCUCGUCCCUGACUGGCUUCAACAACUGGUCAGCUGCUAUUUCCCAGACCCCCUCCACCAUCAUCAACGAGGAUGUCAGCUUCUUUAACCCAGCUGCCUCCGCUAAUAACGGGCCCCUCCUGUUCCAGAAUUUCUCCCACCAUGUCAGCCCAGGCUUCGGAGGAAACUUCUCUCCCCAGAUUGGACCCAUCUCCCAGCACCAUCCCCCACACCCCCACUUUCAGCAUCCCCACAACCAGCACCAACAGCACCGAAGGUCCCCGGCCAGCCCCCACCCGCCUCCCUUCCCCCAUAGGAAUGCUGCCUUUAGCCAGUUGCCGCAUUUGUCCAAUAACCUGAAUAAGCCCCCGUCACCUUGGGGUAGCUACCAAAGCCCUUCUCCCUCCCCCUCCUCCACCUCCUGGAGCCCCGGUGGGGGCUAUGGUGGCUGGGGAGGCUCCCAGGGGCGUGAGUACCGUCGGGGCCUCAAUGGAGGCAUGACUCCCCUGAACUCAAUCUCCCCAUUGAAGAAGACCUUCCCCAACAACCACGUGCCGUCGCAGAAGUACUCCCGCACCAGCCCCGGCUUCAACCCCAAGUCCUGGAUGGACGAGAGUGUGAGCAGGAGCGAGAACAUCUUCCCCUUCCAGGAGCGCACCAGAUCCUUUGAUGGCUUCAACAUGCARUCCCUGGAGAACUCUCUCAUUGACAUCAUGAGGGCUGAGCAAGAUACCCUGAAAGCAAGGAAUUAUGGGAGGAGACGAGUCCAUUCUUCCCUGUUCCCCAUGGAGGAUGGUUUCCCUGACGACGAGCGCGGCGAGCAGAGCCUGCCUGGCCUAGGCUCGCCCCACUGCUUCCCCCACCAGAACGGGGAGCGAGUGGAGCGCUACUCACGCAAGGUCUUCGUUGGAGGUCUCCCCCCUGAUAUUGAUGAAGAUGAGAUAACGGCUAGUUUCCGUCGCUUUGGACACCUCUUUGUGGACUGGCCUCACAAGGCAGAGAGCAAAUCMUACUUUCCCCCGAAAGGUUAUGCCUUCCUGCUGUUCCAGGAMGAGAGCUCUGUGCAGGCCCUGAUCGAGGCCUGUAUUGAAGAGGACGGCAAGCUCUACCUGUGUGUGUCCAGCCCCACCAUCAAAGACAAGCCGGUCCAGAUCCGCCCCUGGAACCUGAACGACAGUGACUUUGUGAUGGACGGCUCCCAGCCUCUGGACCCCAGGAAGACCAUAUUUGUGGGUGGGGUGCCACGCCCUCUCCGUGCAGUGGAGCUAGCAAUGAUCAUGGACAGGCUGUAUGGAGGGGUGUGCUACGCCGGUAUCGACACAGACCCCGAGCUCAAGUACCCCAAGGGAGCAGGGCGGGUCGCCUUCUCUAAUCAGCAGAGCUACAUUGCUGCUAUCAGCGCUCGUUUUGUCCAACUGCAGCAUGGAGAAAUCGAUAAACGGGUGGAAGUGAAGCCAUACGUCCUGGACGACCAGCUGUGUGAUGAGUGUCAGGGAACCCGGUGUGGGGGCAAGUUUGCCCCCUUCUUCUGCGCCAACGUCACCUGCCUUCAGUAUUACUGUGAAUACUGCUGGGCGGCCAUUCACUCACGCGCCGGCCGGGAGUUCCACAAGCCACUGGUAAAGGAAGGAGGAGACCGGCCUAGGCACAUCUCCUUCCGCUGGAACUGACUGACACACAGAGAAAGAGGCAGAGGGGGGAGUAGGAGUCGCAAAUCAUUGUACAAAUAAAUGCACUUUUCAGUUGCUGGUUACUUUUUAGCUCUAAUUUGA